AUGUUCGUGAAAAUCCUAUGCUCUACUCAAAAGAACCCAGCAAAAUCGAUCUCUGCAGCUGACGGGACUGUGCCCUUGCGUCUCCGUUCUGUAGAAAUAAAUUAUUUGGCUUCCGCCGCUCAUCCUUCCGCCGCUCAUCCUCCGGCCGCUGUUCUCAUCCGUCUUCUUUGCCGCCGUCGACAGUAUCAAGUGUUCCGGCGAUCGUAUUGGUUAGGAAUGGGGCGCUUUAGCUGGUUAACGGAGGGUUCGAGUAGCUCUGACCAGCUGGCUACUCGAAGCUCUGCUAGGGUAGUUAGUAAGGACGAAGAAGAUGUGAGUUCUCAUACCAGUCGAGAUAUAAGCUAUGGAAUACCGAGCAGAUGCUACUGCGGUUUGUUAACUCCGCUGAAAAUGAUGGACCAUACGGACGAGCAUCCAGGGCGGAUGUUUUUUGGAUGCAAGAAUUAUAAGCUUGGUUUCCCACAUCUUAUGAAAUGGUGGGACGAGGCUAUGAUGGAGGAGUUUCUACAACUCAAAUGGGCCGUCGACAACCCUCGUUUUGGCUUUCGCCAACCUGAAUCUGAAGAACGCGAAACCUUGCUUCGGACUGAGGCAGAGUUAACUGAUGUGAAGAACCAAGUUCUGAAGAUGAAGCGUUUAAGAAGAGUCGAGGUGACGACGGCGGUUACUCUAUUCGGGUUGAAACACUUAAUUUGGUUGUGCGUAUUGCAAAUCAUCGUAUUCCUAAUCAGAGACCUCUUACGUAGAACUCCAAAUAGACCUCAUACAGGCGAUUUCGUUGUCUCCGCCGAAUACACAACCGCCGUCUCCGCCGAUUACACAACCCGCUGUCUCCGCCGAUUACACAACCCGCUGUCUCCGCCGCUUACAGAACCCGCUGCCGCCGGUUUCCAGAUCUUCGUUGGCGUUAGGCGUUGGGAUUUCGCGAACAACAGGAUGUCAAAGCCGACAUUCCCCAGGAGAUUCUACACCAAAGGAGGCGAUCCGGACGCAGGGAAAAGCAUUUCCAGGUGUAGCAAGAACACCAAGCUCUUCGAUAGUCUCCGAAAGCUCCUCACCGACGACGAAUGGAAUGAAAUCAGUGACUCCAGGAUUGGUAUCUUCCUAAAGUUCCGUGACCUUCAAUUCGAGUGGGCUUCACGGAUUGCGCAUGCCAUGCUCUGUUUCCAGGUUGUAUGCAAGAAGAAGUAUGAGAUAUGGAGCGCUGUGGGGGCAAAUCCGAUAAGAUUCUCAUUGCACGAGUUCUCAGCCAUCACCGGCCUCAACUGCGAGUAUGUUGAGAACCUAGAGACACCUGAUGCUCCAGCAACGGAUGCCGUGUGCGAGUUCUGGGAGAGGUUGGGUGUCAACGUCGAGGUAGGGCCUAGCAUUGACCAGCUGGCUGAAGCUUGUGAGUGGGCAGGCGAGUGGCCAAGGGAGGAUAAGCUUAGAUUGGGCUACCUAGCCAUAUACGCAGGCUUCAUUCAAGCCCGUAGAUCCGCUGCCGAGACACCUGUCAAGCUAGCUAGGCUUGUGUUGGAUUUGGAGAAGUUUGAGGAAUACCCGUGGGGCCGAGUUUGUUUCUUGCAGCUCAUCAAGUCCAUUAAAGGAGUGGAUUUGGAGAAGUCGGGUUAUGUGCUGGAGGGUUUCAUCGAGGUUCUCCAAAUUUGGGCUUUUGAGAGCAUGCCGAAUUUUGCAGAGAAAUACGGUGCUCCUCUGCCAUCUAAACCAUCACCACCGCUCCUUGCGUACAAGGGUAUUCAAGGCAAAAGGUACAUCGCGGAGGCAAUGCUGAAGCAGGUUGUUUUUAAAAACUGUGAGCUAGUCGAUAGGGAAGAAGUUUAUCCACGCUGGGAUGAUGAUGUAGAAGAUUUGUACGUCGACAACCUCAUCAAGGCAAUCUACGGGGAGUUAGGUGGUCGGUGGAGGUGGAAGCCAAGCGACUGGGACGAGGAAGGUGUCUUGGUCUCCAAUCACCCGCGAGUGGACGUGAAGCCUCCAAUAAAAGUGGAGGCUAGUUUCACAGAUUCGAAGAAGAGACCUCGUCCUACUCCUCCAUCGAACUAUGAUGAUAUCGAGGAGACGAUGCAGAGGUUGAUUUCUGACUGCACCCGGACCUUGUCUGCUGAUCUGAAGGCAGGGUUCCAGAUGUAUGACCGGCAACUAGCUGCACUUACCUCGACAGUUGCUGGUCUGGAGCGUAGUGUGAAGCAGCUGAUGGAUGUAAGGCUUCAGGAGCAGCGUAGAUCCGACGAUCCCUCUCCCAAAAAAGAUGAAACCGGCGCCAAAGAAGAUGAGACCGGCGCCAAAGAAGAUGUGACCGGCGCCAAAGAAGCUAAAACUGCUCAACCGGUUAGUACUGAUCCCUCUCCCAAAUCUCCCAACUCUUCUAAAGUGCAAGAUAAGCGUAAAGUGCAAGUUAAGCGUAAAGUGCAACUUAAGCCUGACCAGGAUAGGGUCCUUCGACCUAGAAAAUUGAAGACCAAGUAG